AUGAAAUUCCUCAACGCUCUUCUCACCUUGUCAGCCUUGGCGAUUAGCAUCGAUGCCCUUCCGGUCUCGGUGACCAAGGAACAGGAUUCCCAGACUGUCCAUGACAUGUCUCUGCACGACACUGGCAUCAAAGAUCGCCAAGCCCAGCCUCCUCAACCUCCUCCAUCGGCUCUGAUCCCCGACGCGACACCUGAGGACGACAUGGACGAGUUUGAGGAAGUCGAAGAAGUUGACGACGUUACGAAACCAGGCGAAGUCGAAGCCGAAGGCAAGAAAAAGAAGAAGAAGAAGAAGAAGAAGGGUAAGAAGGAGAAGAAGCCCGAGAAGGCCGACGCCAAUCCGGCUGCUGGUGCUCAACCUGCCGCGGCUGCCGGCACUCAGCCGGGUCCUGCAGCGGGAGCCUCUCCGGCUUAG